AGUUUGCACUGGAAGGCGUCAUAUUGCGACGCUUCGUGGCAGUGGGGCACACUUGCGCUGACUCCAUUCAGUGACUUCAUGUUGUUAAAUAUUCCCUCUCUACUUCAGUGCAUGUUUACGCUCUGGGAGAAGUAGCACAGUCCCCCAUCGACACUGGUGGUGUCGUUAUGGCAGCACUGGUCUGGUUUGCAAUCGGACUUCGACCGAGAAUUGCGUUCGUCUGGAGCAUUUUGCAGCGGUGUGUGUUUUUGUGAACGGGGCUAAGCAUACAGGGACAUGGAAGUGUUAUCGGGCUGUUUAGUUGAACGAACCACACGGAGCGCUGCAGAGGGAGAGAGAGAGGUCGAGAGAGAGUGACAGAGUGAGUGUGUGUGUGUGAGAGAGAGAGAUAGAGAGAGAGAGAGGGGAGAGCGAGAGAACGGGGGAACUAGCAAGCAGCAGCAGCAGCAGCUGCUACGAAGAGACACCAAAUGUGAUGCCUGAGGUCUGAGGAGCGGAGAUAAAGUCUGACUAAGAAAAAAGGAGGAGCUGCCAACGGUGGAGAGGGAUCUGGACUAUGGUUCUGCCCAGUGGAAUGUAGCACCUCGCUGCCCUCAAAGCACGAUUCAGAGAGCUGCUGACCGGCACCUCAUGGUUUCUCUAUAGGGUGGUCUGGGGAGUCUGCUGCUACCAUGUUCAGGAACAGCUUGAAGAUGCUGCUGACGGGGGGCAAGGCCAACCGCAAGAGCCGUGGCAGUGAUGGUGGGACCGAGGACCUGGGAGACCCCCGCUCGCCUCUAGACCACCCGCUGAGCCACGCCGGCCAAGGUGGCAGUAUAGACAGUGACUGUGCCUUCGACGGAGACUACGGUGUGCCCCCCCUGUCCAUGACCGAGGGCAUGCAGCACAUCCGCAUCAUGGAGGGCGUGUCGCGCUCGCUGCCCUCCUCCCCCCUGCUGGCCCACCAGGCCGUCAACGUCCGCCUGCAGCCCGUGAAGAAGAUCACAGCCCCUCUGCGGAAAGCAAAGUUUGUGGAGAGCCCUCGAAUUCCUCAGUCAGAGCUUGGCUCCCCUACACACACCUCUACUACUGCCAAGAACCCUGAUCUGGACGCAUAUCGCCCUGGGGAGUCAGGUCCAGAACUGGGGCCCCCUCCAUCGGUGGAUGAGGCAGCCAACACAUUGAUGACGCGCCUGGGCUUCCUACUGGAGACAAAGGCAGCGAGGGCCCAGCUGGUACCCAGUACAGCAUGGACGAGCCUGAGGACAGACAGUCCCUUGGUGUCUGCGGUAGAGACCACCCAGAUCAAAAGAUACCUCGUUCAGGUGCCCUUCAGCACCUCUGGAGUUCACACUUCAUCAUCAGGGAUCAACUGCCACUCCACCUCUGAUCUCAGGCCCCUGCAGGUGCAGUUCCUCGUGGACCACGGGGCCAUGAUAGAGCACGUGGACUACAGCGGCAUGCGGCCCCUCGACCGCGCCGUGGGCUGCAGGAACACCUCGGUGGUGGUGGCCCUGCUCAAGAAAGGAGCCAAGAUAGGAUGUCAGACGCUGCCCAACCGGCCUCGAGGUCCGGCCACGUGGGCCAUGGCCACCUCCAAGCCCGACAUCAUGAUCAUCCUGCUCAGCAAGCUGGUGGAGGAGGGAGACGCCUUCUACAAGAAGGGGAAGGUGAAGGAGGCGGCUCAGCGCUACCAGUACGCCCUCAAGAAGUUCCCCCGGGAAGGCUUCAGCGAGGACCUCAAGGCCUUCAGGGAACUCAAAGUGUCUCUCUUCCUCAACCUGUCCCGAUGUCGCCGGAAAAUGAACGACUUUGGGAUGGCGGAGGAAUUUGCGACCAAGGCGCUGGAGCUGAAGCCCAAGUCGUACGAGGCAUACUACGCCCGGGCCCGCGCCAAGCGGAGCAGCAGACAGUUCCCUGAAGCUCUCGACGACCUCAACGAAGCCAUGAGGCACUGCCCCAACAACCGGGAGAUCCAGAGGCUGCUGCAGCGGGUGGAGGAGGAGUGCCGGCAGUUCGACCAGGAGGAGGAGGAGAUGGGCGGGCAGCCACAGCUGCAGCUGCAGCUCCAGCUGCAGCAGCAGCAGCAGCUCCUGGAGCUGGAGCCUCCCCCCUCCCCUCCCCCCACGCCCCCCCCCGAGGAGCUGGGGGACGAGGAGUGCCUCUCCCUGUCCAUGCCCCUGCCCCCCCCGCCGGAGCCCCGGCUGGAGGACAUGGAGCCCGUGCAGGACCUGUUCGAGGACGACGACUACCUGGAGCAGGAGCUGGAGGCCAUGUCCCUGGGCCUGCCGCCGCCCGACUCCCACUCCAACACCUGCUCCAGCCUGCCCAUCAUCCACAGCCCGCCGCUGUCCCCCACGCACCCCGACCACGCCUACCUGUCCGGGGUGUCCCCCAUGGGGCAGCCGUACGAGUACCACCCCACCGCCUCCUCCAUGUCCUCGCCCACCCACUGCACCUACCAGUCCGCCUCGCCCUCCCUCUCGCCCACGCACCACAACUCCCACUACCGCCACAGCCCGCCGCACACCUCCCCGGUGCACCUGGCGUCCUACCGCUACAGCCCGCCGCUGGGGGGCGGCGGCGGCGGCGGCCAGGGCAUGGAGCACCAGAGCCCGCCGCCCUCGCCGCUGCGCCGCUCGGCUCAGUACCGGGUGAGCCCGCCGGCCGAGGGCGUGUGCCUGUACCGCUCGCAGUCGGGCUCCCCCGUGCGCUACCAGACGGAGCAGCAGCAGCCGCCCGGCCGGCCCAAGUCGCCGCUGUCCAAGCUGGGCAGCCAGCGGUCCUUCCAGCUCAGCUCGCAGCCCUCGCUGUCCUCCCAGCACCACCAGGCGCAGGGCCUGCGCCUGCAGCCCUCCAUCGCCCAGAUCGUGCGCACCAGCCAGCCCAACAGCGGCUACGUGGGCCAGAUGGGCCACAGCAUGGGCAGCCGCUACCCGGGCGGCGGCGGCGGCGGCGGCGAGAUGGAGAGCCGGCUGAUGUACCAGCCCUCCCUGGACGGGCGGCCCAUGGCGCAGGUGCAGGCCAGCCUGAGCGCCGGGGCCCUCUGUCAGCACGGGGGCCGAGGAGGGGUCAUGGAGCCCAACCUGUUGAAGGAAGAGCCGCCCCAGCGCCCCUCCUCUGCCUACCGCGCCAGCAGCGGGGGUCCCGGGGCCGCCCGCUACGGCCCCACGCCGCAGAUCAGCCGCAGCCAGUCGGCCGCCUACUACCCCGUGUCGGAGCACGCGCUGGAGCGCGCCAACGCCAUGCCCCAGUGCCAGCUGGAGUCCCCGGAGAUGGCGCACAUGGCGCGGCGGCCACUCAGCGCCAACCCCGCCGAGAUCAAGCCGCACGUGCCCACGCCCCGGCCCCUCAUCCACUCCCAGAGCGUGGGCCUGCGCUUCUCCCCGUCCAGCAACAACAUCGCCGCCGGCUCCCCCUGCAACCUGGCGCCGGGCUUCCGGCCGUCCUCGUCCAUCCAGGGCAUGGAGAUCUCCCUGCAGGCCACGUACGAGCGCGGCUGCGACGACGUCUCGCCCAACUCGCCCUCGCAGGGCGGCGGGGGGCUGUACCCGGGCGAGGCCACGCGCUCCCGCAACACGCCCUUCAUGGGCAUCAUCGACAAGACGGCGCGCACGCAGCAGCAGCAGCAGCAGCAGUACCUGCACCAGCCCUCCCGGCCCUGGGCCAUGACGUCCAUGGACUCGGCCAUCAGCCCCACCUCGCCCGGGCAGCUGGUGCAGCAGGGCUCCACUUACAGCCCGCCCACCUCGCUGGGCAACAUCGCCUACUACAACAAGACCAACAACGCCCAGAACGGCCACCUGCUGGAGGAAGACUACUACUCCCAGUCGCAGCCGUCCUCGCUGGGCAAGCUGGCCAACGGGUCGCGGGGCGGCGGCGGCGGCGGCGGCGGCGGGGACAUCCUGGAGCGCGUGAGCCAGGUGCCCACCUACCCGGACGUCAAGGUGGCCCGGACGCUGCCCGUGGCGCAGGCCUACCAGGACAACAUGUACCGCCAGCUCUCCCGGGACUCCCGGACCCAGGGCCCCAGCUCCCCCAUCAAACCAAAGAGACCCUUUGUGGAGUCCAACGUGUGACGGCCUCGUGUGCGUGUGUGUGUGUGUCGCCGGUGCGGGUCGGAGCGGACGGACGCACGGACGGGAGUGAGAGGAUCGCGAGCAAAAGA